CAGCAGUCUGGCGCUGGAGGAAGGCGACUCGGCGGAGGCUGCGGCGCCCCGGGAAGCUCCUCUCGCACAGGAGGACACCAAGUCCUCCCGGCCUGCUGUGCGUGACGUCUCCGAAGAGCUGAGCAGGCAGCUUGAGGACAUCUUGAACACGUACUGCGUGGAUGCCAGCCAGGAAGGUCCAGGCGAGGACGCUGGGCAGAGCGAGCCCGCGGAGCAGGAAGAGGCUGAGAAGUGUCGUAGCGAGUCCCCGAGGAACGGUGAGCAGGAGACGGGCGGCCCCGAGAUGAACGGGGAGAAGGAAAACACCAAGGGGACCGAAGAGUUUCGACCCGGCGAGGAGUGUGGGGAGCGGGAUCAGAAGAAGGCUCAGGAAAAGAAGAAAGCCAAGGGCCUAGGCAAAGAAAUCACUUUGCUGAUGCAGACACUGAACACCCUGAGCACGCCAGAGGAGAAACUAGCAGCGCUGUGCAAGAAAUACGCUGAGCUGCUGGAGGAGCACCGUAACUCCCAGAAACAGAUGAAAAUCUUGCAGAAGAAACAAACGCAGCUGGUGCAAGAGAAGGACCACCUGCAGAGCGAGCACAGCAAGGCCAUCCUGGCCCGCAGCAAGCUGGAGAGCCUGUGCCGUGAGCUCCAGAGACACAACCGCACCCUCAAGGAGGAGGGUGUCCAGCGUGCGCGGGAGGAAGAGGAGAAGCGGAAGGAGGUGACAUCCCACUUCCAGGUGACGCUGAAUGACAUCCAGCUCCAGAUGGAGCAGCACAACGAGAGGAAUUCCAAGCUGCGCCAGGAGAACAUGGAGCUGGCAGAGCGGCUCAAGAAGCUCAUCGAGCAGUACGAGCUGCGGGAGGAGCACAUUGACAAGGUGUUCAAACACAAGGACCUGCAGCAGCAGCUGGUGGACGCCAAGCUCCAGCAGGCACAGGAGAUGCUGAAGGAGGCAGAGGAGAGACACCAGCGGGAGAAGGACUUUCUGCUGAAGGAAGCUGUGGAAUCACAGAGGAUGUGUGAGCUGAUGAAGCAGCAGGAGACCCAUCUCAAGCAGCAGCUGGCUCUCUAUACGGAGAAGUUUGAAGAAUUCCAGAACACCCUUUCUAAAAGCAGUGAAGUGUUCACGACAUUUAAACAGGAGAUGGAGAAGAUGACGAAGAAAAUCAAGAAGCUGGAGAAAGAGACCACUAUGUACCGCUCUCGCUGGGAGAGCAGCAACAAGGCUCUUCUGGAAAUGGCUGAGGAGAAAACCCUUCGAGACAAAGAGUUAGAGGGGCUUCAGGUGAAAAUCCAGCGCUUGGAGAAACUGUGCCGAGCUCUGCAAACGGAGCGCAACGACCUCAACAAGAAGGUGCAGGACCUGUGUGCCCACGCGCCCCGGCCAGACACCGACCUCCUGGAGCCUUUGAAGGACCCAUCUCGGGACGGCUCCGAGGCGGCGGCGGCGGGAGGUGCUCCAGCAGAGCAGCGCCUGGCUGAGGAUUGCCUCCACCCGGGAAAGCCAACACACAGCACAGAUCCUGCAGAGAGCCUGGGAGAACUGAGCAUAGGAGCCCUGGGGCGGAGCGGGACUGAGGAAGGCACUCAGGGCGCUGACUGAGCCCGCUGAGCGGUAGGCGGAGGGAGGGCGAGGGAGGGUAACGCCAAUGUUUCCAUAGACUCAAUCUGAUUCCCCUCUCCUGGUCCUUGGACAGGGGUGAGAGGACAGCCCUCCUGGGGAACUGAGGUUUCCUAGCUUAGAUUUUUGGAGGGUUUUUAAAAUUUUAUAUAUAUAUACAUAU